UAAAAAAACCCGAACUCACCAUCCGGAGUAAUACUUUGGAUCCUUUUAUGGUCAGGCUGAAACCAACCACCCUAAAUUCAUCCGAUCACUAGCCAAAAGCUCACCGGAGAUCAACAUCACACUCAUAUCAUCCUCUUGGACAGCCAUGGCGGUUGAUAGUAUGCCUCCAUUCGUAUACUCACAACUCACUUACCUUCUCAAUCAUUCUCCUUUCUCCAUCAAGGUUGAACAGAUGUGGUCUGGUUCUAAAAACCUUGGUUUACUUGACCGGUUCACAUUAGCCAUUCCCUUUUGUCUUGAUUACAUCAAAUGGGAUGUUAUCUACAAUGCACAAUUUCCAUUGCUGGCACCGGAUAUUAUUUUUGGACUUGAAGAUGAAAGCUUUCGACCCUACAGUGGCGGAAAAGAAGGAGAGCUGAAACCCAAGAAUAGUUUAUCUGAUUGGAAUUGUAAAGACCCAACUAAGCUAUUGUCUCUGAUUCAUGAACUUAGGAGUUUGUAUAUGGCGUACCAGAAAAGACGUGUUGGGGAAGUUGAUGAUGAAAGACUGAAGUUUGAGAUCAAUACCAUGUAUUCUCGGGAGGGAAUCGAAAUGUAUAUGAGCUCUGGUGCUGACAAGCCAGAAGAGGUAAAAUUUGCAGUUCCUUUACUGGGGAUGGAUUUAAACAAAAUGGUUGCGGGGUCCUCCUGGAAAAACCAGCAGAGGAUAUACUUGCAGGUUAUAUAUCCUGUGAGUAGAAAAUACUUGGCAGCAGCUUCAGCUCCACGUUUGAAAUUGGUAUCUUCACCGGAAUUGAAGGCUUUAUUUUCCAUUGAUGAGUUCAGACUUCCUCCUUGGUUGGAAGGAAUGUGCAUGGCUGAGUAUCUUCCCACUUUAGAAGACAUGCUUGAAUCACAGAUAAGAGAUGCCACAUCAUCGAUUGAAGUUAGAAGAAAGUUUAUUACAGCAUUGGCUAUUCCUUUUGGAAGGCCAUUGGAAGCUGAUCCAGUGUUUUGCAGGAAGGCGACAUUUUUAGCUUGCUCUGGCGUGUUCACAUUUCUGGUGCACUUUACCCUGCCACUUCAGUUCCCAAGGCAACAACCAGCUCUGAUGCUCCAAAGCUCCCAGCACUUUCACACUGGUAGUGCACCAAUCAAGUCAGCUAUUUUGCAAGAUUAUCCAUGGAGUCCUAGAUGGGAUGCGUCACAAAUGGCCGAGAGAAUCUUUGAUUAUCUUGUGGAAGAAUGCUUGAAUUUCAAGAAGUACUGCAAUGAAGUACUGGUACAGCAGCGUUAGUGUUUACAUUGUUUGCUUGUAUUAUUAGCACAAUCUAGGGUUUAAAUUUCCCAGUUUGCUUUUCUUUUGAAUUCAUGAAAACAUAAGAUUUGACAUGUUUAGAUCUGGAAUUGGAAUGUUAACUGAAUUUAGUAUAUAUGCUUUUAAAUCAUGUUGUUGAUGUUU